UCAGCGACGAAAACAUUGGCAACGAAAAAAAAAAGUUCGUAGUGCUUCGUGACGAAAAGGGAUAUGGAAGGAACCGUACUCCCGUGAAUAACCGCUUUUAUCUUCCCAAAUGGAGCUCAUACAGGACUACGAACAACAAUAUGCCGUACAGACGGCCGAAAUAACUGCUCAGAUCGGUCGAAUUGCGGUCGCAACCGGAGCGGAACGCAACAAGCUGAUCUCGGACAUUGACCGGCAGCUGGAAGAAUCGCAAGAAUUGCUAGAACAAAUCGGUCUGGAGGUGCGGGACAUUCCGCAAAAUUCACGUGCGGCGUACACCUCCCGGCUGAACUGUUAUCAGGCCGAAUGGAAACGGUUGCAGCAAGAGUUCAACAAUGCAAAGGUGGCACGAUCGAAGGCCGGAUACGAUUCAUCGGUGGAUGAUUUCGAUGAGAUAGGCAUACAGGAGGAUCAAAAGCGCCGGCUGCUGGAUAAUACGGAACGGAUGGAACGUACCAGCAACUAUCUGAACGACGCGUACCGUAUAUCGGUCGAAACGGAACAGAUUGGGACGCAGGUGCUGGCCGACCUUAGCCAGCAGCGGGAAACGAUUCAACGAUCGAGGGGAAGACUACGCGAAACGGAUGCAGAUUUGAGCCGCUCGUCCCGGAUUCUUAACUCGAUGAUAAUGCGUGCGAUGCGCGAGAAGUUCAUUCUGGUCAUUGUGGUGGUGGCUAUAUUUCUGGUCCUUAUCUUAAGUAUUUAUUUCUCGAUAUCGUAAUCGAUGGGCGCGCCAUGAACCAUCAGCAGCCAGAGAACGGCGGUACGAGAUUAUUUAGGUUCGUUCCUUUUGAUGAGAGGUAUUCGCGUGUUCCGACUGAUGGUAACACGCUAUUAGGUAGGGUAAUGAUUUUAAAGUGCGGAUUAGCGGUUUUGUUUUUGUGAUAUUUGUUUCCGUUUUUUUGUCUCCCCCGUGAAGCUUUCCUAUCGUGUAGAUUGUUUAUAAACGAUACAGUGAGAUCAGUUUUGCCUUUCAACCAACACAACCUAUGUCACCUUAAGCUAAAAUAUUUAUGUACAAUAAACACAAACCUUUCACCAUUCCA